UAGCAGGAUUUUUGGGCAUGAUACUAUACCCUAACCCUUAAUGAGUGAACCCUAGGUCCUAAUUAUCUAAAUCAUAAACUAUAAACACUAAGACGGUGCAUUGAUUUUUUUGUCUGUAUUUGGACGAAUCAUAAUCGUCGAUUAUUGUUUCUAAUUAAAUUGAUCUUCGGGUAUAAGAUUUAGAGAAUUAAGACCUAGAUGUUGAUCUUUAAGGAUUAGAGUAUUGUAUCAUGUCCGAAAGAUUAGUCAAUUCAAGUUCUGGAUAGCAUUUUCUUACUCAAGGUAUGCGGUACCCCGGAUUUUACUCUGGGUACCGUAGAACUCCCCAUAUAUAUAUAUAUCGAUCGAUCCUAAAUUGAAAACUAUUCACCCCACACGAAAUUUAUGAAUAAGUGAUUGUUAAUGAGCAAGGAAUAUCGUUCUUCCGCUAAACAAGACAGAAUCUGAGAUGAGCUAGUAACGCAAUAUUGUUUGGGCCCGAUCCACAUUUUGCUACAACGAGCCCAUCUACUCUUAUCCAGAGUCAAGGCCCAUUUCGAAAACCCCGCGAAAAGUAUAUAAACUGCGCGAAACGGUGUGUUUUUCCUCUUUCAGCAUUCUCUGAUUUUGUCCCGAGUUUGCCCUAAUUCCGCCGUCUCGCCUUUCCUCCAAGCAACUUGUAUCGCCGCCGUCUUCACCAGCCAGCGGCGGCUCUGCCAUUUUCGCCGAGGUAAGGCCCCUCCUCUCCGGCCACUCUUCCUCAUCUUCUCUCGAUUUCAUCGAGCUAGUCAAUCUCGUGGACUCUUUCACCAGUCCGACUUCCCUGCUCCUCCUUCUCGCCGCCUUCCACGUGAAACACUCGCUUCCCCUUCCGUCCAUCGAAUCAGUCUCUCGUUUGCGCUAGGAUUUGGUAGAAUUAAUUUGCUGUCCAAUUCAGCUUUCGUAGGAGAUCAGAAUCUGAUGGAAUGUUUUUGAAAGAUAAAAUUUGUGAAGAAAAGGGGUAAUCUUUCGGUCUGUGAUUCCAAUCGUUCGAUUUUGCAGGGAAGAAACCUACCUAGCAGCUAUGGAGAUAGAUGGUGUAGCUCCGCCUGUGCCGGAGAAGCCAUUGUUCGAGCCGCUGAAGGCGCACGAGAUGUCCGACGGGAAAGUCCAGUUUAGGAAAGUCUCCGUCCCUCCUCACCGAUACACUCCGUUGAAGAAAGCGUGGAUGGAAAUCUACACACCGGUCUACGAGCAGAUGAAGGUCGACAUCCGAAUGAACCUGAAAGCUAGAAAAGUCGAGCUGAAGACCAGAGGAGAUACCCCUGACAUUAGCAACCUACAGAAGUGUGCCGAUUUUGUACACGCAUUCAUGAUGGGGUUCGAUGUGAUCGACGCCGUAGCCCUGCUGAGGAUGGACGAGCUGUAUGUAGACUCGUUUGAGAUCAAGGAUGUGAAGACCCUCAAGGGCGAGCACAAGUCGAGAGCUAUUGGGAGGCUUUCGGGGAAAGGAGGGAAAACGAAGUUCUCCAUCGAGAAUGCGACCAAGACGAGGAUUGUGCUGGCAGACGAGAAGAUUCACAUCUUGGGUUCAUUUAGGAAUAUCAAGAUCGCCAGGGAUGCUCUCUGCAGCCUCAUUUUGGGUGCACCGCCCGGGAAGGUGAACUCGAAGCUUAGGCAAGUUACUGCUAGAUCAGCAGAGCUGUUUUGAGCGUUAGUCGAUGAUUUCGAUUAUACUCUUUCUGUUCUGCUUAUAUAUUUGGUGAUAGGGUGAAGUGAUUGAAUGAUGAGAUUCUCACGGUGAUGUGUUCCAUCGGUCGUGGCAGCGAGGUGAUGGAAUUUUUCUAUGGUUAAUGAUCUCUAGUUAUCUACAUGGGUCUUGUUCUAUGUUUGAUUCGGGCUUUGGAUUAGAGCAAUAGAGCAUGUAAGAGUAAGAGAGCCCUGGUAUUGACUCAGUUUUGAUGAAAUACAGUUUGCCCCAAGAGCAUCAUUGAAUUGCAUAUUCUAUGCCAUGAACCCUAUUUAUCAGUAUGUUGGUUUAUGUUUCUCCAUUAUGCUUGAAAGUUGAAAGAGCUAUUGCUUUUGGCCUACUCCGUUGCAUCAUACUCUAAUUUCGAGCUGCCAAUCAGCAGUAGUACCAGAGGAGCAAAACAGAGGCGGGAAAAUGUGGUAUGGGAAUAGUAGUAUGAACUAUGAAGAGCUUUUGCCGUUGCACAGCAACAGCCAUGGCGCACAUUUGCUAGCCCUUUUUUACUAGAUUUAUUAAAGAGCCCUCCUCUUCCAAUCCAAUACCUCCAUUUGUGUAGAGGCAUCCAAUGUUGCAUGUUCGAGGAUAUUCGGGCUAAUCGGGUUGAUAAUUUUGAUAUAAUCUAUUGAACUGAUCAAUGCAUUUGAGAUUAUUUUUUUUAUAUAGAAAUGUGAGAUUAUACAUUCCAAUAAUACGUUGAUUGUUGUGGACAAGAAAAAAGGCUAGAGGUUUGGACAACUUUAGAGGUCAUACGAUGUUGCAAGCUCAAUGAUCUUCAGUUUAUGAAGAUGACAAUAUCAAUGUAACCAAAUUUAAGUGGAUAAAACAUUCAGGAUGCAUGGUUAAUAUCCAAUCGUCAUGGGUAGAGUGAUAAGACGCGGAAUUCUAAUCUAACUCAAUGUUAUGCUUGUCUCUCAAAUUCAAUACUAUGUAGACUCUUCUCUACGAGUUCAAAAACCUCUUCUCAUAAUGAGAGAUCUACUAGCUUCAUUUAAUUUGGAUUCCAUCAGUGACAUGACACUCGGACGUUUUAAUACACUGAUCAUCCAAACACCAAAGUUAUGCAAUCCAGCUUUAAGAAAUUCAUUCCUUCUAAAAUAUCAACUUACUAGUUCAUCUAGAGGAUUCCCUUUGAGCCUACUUUAUAUUAGUUGUAACAAUUUCAACACGGCACCAACUCCAUGCCAAAGAAGUAGCCAGAGAAGACCAGGCUAGCACCAGCAAAGCAAAGGCAAAAGGUCGACAUCAACCCAUCUUUUCUCUGUACCCCUCCAAAACCCUAAAACAUGUACUGUGAGGAAAGCAGCCACCUUGCUUCUGCACUACUUCUAUUAUCAUAUGUAUGCAAUGUCUUUCUCUGUGUCCUUUGAAGUUGAAUUCCAUCCCCUAAGGAAAGCGACUUCUCCCCCCUCCCACCACUACGGACAAGGAAUAAACAAAGUGGAUUUCC